CGGGAACCGCCUCAAAUAGCACGUCCGAACAGAAUCUUCUAUAUAAGGACUUAUUUGACUCCUUUUAUGCACUUUACUCCCUUUACAUAGCUCUCAUGCACUCCCACUUUCAUAUAAAUCCAAUUAUAUAUUCCACUACUCCCUAAUUCCAAUUCUUUUAACAUUAGCAAAUCAUAACAUACAAGUAUUUCAACAAGGGUUACAUACCAAAUAGAGUAAUAACAUACGGCAAUUUUUUAGUGCAGCGUUACAUUGUGGCAUACGAACAAUUAAAUUCACGACUCCAUUGGAGCUUAAAUAUUAUUUUAAAUGUGUGUCUAUCCACCUCAACUUCAUAGACCGUUCACAUUGAUGACAUGUCCAUUAUUUAUGUGAUGCAAUCCACGUUACCAUUAAAGAUGCUCUCAGUAUAUCAUUUCUCCACGGUCACGGAAUAGAGAGAUAAUGGGAUCUCAACUGUCGCCAUCGCUGCUCCGCCGUGUGAUCGUCCUUGACUCCGAACUUUCCCUGCGUCUCUACAGCAUAGCUCGCCCCAUCAUCCCCUACUACCUUCUCAAGGCAUUAGAAAUCUCGGGAGACGGCCGCCUAUUCUUCCCUGUCAUUAUAUCUCUGCUGCUCACGACCUCCGCCGCCGGCGCGUUUCUCAUCAACCUCCUCCUUGCAGCGCUCCUUGAUCUGGCUCUGAUCGGGCUCAUCAAGCACAUCAUCCAGCGGCCCCGACCCGUUUACAAUAAGAACAUGUCCCUGUCCUUUGCCGUCGACCACUGGUCCUUCCCCAGCGGACAUUCCUCCAGAGUUUUCUUCAUCGCCACCAUGUUCUACCUAUCAUCCCAUCUCAUGCCAACACUCAUUUACGUUGUCGGUCUGUGGGCAAUCGCCACAUCCGGCUCUAGGGUUCUACUUGGCCGCCAUUUUGUUCUGGAUGUGGUUGCAGGAGCUUGCGUGGGCGUUUUGGAAGGAAUGUUCGCGUUUCGAUUUCUCCGUUUUGAGAAUCUGACCUCAUUCUUGUUUAGACCAAAAUUGGCUGAAUUGUAAAAUUUAUUGCAGUAGAUCCGUCUUUUCUUGUUGUAUUGCAGAUCCAUCCGUAGGGGAUGAUAAAUGAAUGGAUUGAGUAGCACCGAUUAUCAUAAUCAAAUUUUCUUCGCCAUGAAAAACAUUUUUAAUCAGGGAUCCUUGCAAUUUUUAAUCAACAAUUCAUCUCAAAGGCUUUCGACAGAAGUUAGUUCCAAUAUACAUUUACCCAACUGCUCAAAUCUCUCUUGAUUGCUUAGUCUCAAACUUCCAACAUGGUUCAUUAGAGAACCGUCACUAAUUGACCAAACACUAUCAAAUUCUAAGCAAGAAUUAACUCCACAUUGCCUCUUCAGGUGACCUGCAAGGAGCUACUUCCCACACUCCCUGAAAUGAAGCCUGAUUGCGUGACAAGUCAAGCUAGAUCUUGGAGCUAAAGAGUCAUCAUAAAAAUCCCCCCAAAUUCACUUACUUGGUGAUUUGAACCUCACACCUCGAGAGGGGGAGGAUCUUAAAUGUGGGAUGUGGACCACUCGAGCUCGUCGGACCUGGUAUAUGUUUCUUUGAGUUGAAAUUCCCAUAUUUUUCUUUGCAAUUUAAAUUGGGCCAUUACAUAGACAAAUCAAAAAGUACUUUGGCAUAUAGACAUUGGGCCAUUUCUUUGAGUUGAAAUUCCCAUAUAGACAACAUAAAUGAAAAAGUGAAGGUACUCUUCACUACUUUACUUUCACUUCUUUAG